CUUUUGAUAGUAAUUAGGCAUCUAAUUGUAUGGGCGUGUGCAAGAUUAAGCUGAAAGCCUAGGCCUGGGGUUUAAUACGGACAUAAUAUGCGUAUCUAGUACAACUGUAGGAUAGGGAAUUGGGGCAUCGGAGAAAAUUGCGUGGAAAUGCAUCAAUGUUACAUGACGUUACGUUGCCCUUUGCCCAUUGCAGUCCUCUGGCGCAACCUUGGAAGAUUAACGAUGGUUUCCGAGUCCUCCUAUUCCCUUGCACCUAGUAUGCCUUCACUCGCUAUGUUCACUGCGCUAGUCGCGCUAGUUGCAUCCUCUACAAUAGAGAAACCUUUUCAAAUGUAAUAAAACCACUGUUUCUAGGUGAUCUAUUAUCAGCUAACGUGUAAAUGCAUCACAAUUACACCAUCGCCAUUAAUCAUGAGACAGCCCAGUAGUAAUACGUAUGUGCAAAAAGAUUACAGCUCCAACCAAGGACGAGAGACUUUGUGCUGAUGACAAGUGACGAGAACGAGGCUCUUGUAACGCGGACACAAAAUGAAGAGCAAGAAGAGAGUGACACCGACGGAAUGGCGAGUGGAC